CUGCGGCGGCGGCGGUGGUGGCGGCGGUGGGGUGGCGGGAGCGGAGCGGUAUGGCCACGGCGGCUUCUAACCCGUACCUCCCCGGGAACAGCCUCCUGUCGGCCGGCUCCAUCGUGCACUCGGACGCUUCGGGUGGUGGGGGCGGCGGCGGGGGCGGAGGCGGCGGCGGGGGCGGCGGCGGAGGCAUGCAGCCGGGAAGCGCCGCUGUGACCUCGGGCGGCUACCGCGGGGACCCAUCCUCAGUCAAGAUGGUCCAGAGCGACUUCAUGCAAGGGGCUAUGGCCGCCAGUAACGGCGGCCAUAUGCUGAGCCACGCUCACCAGUGGGUCACGGCCCUGCCCCACGCCGCCGCCGCCGCCGCCGCCGCCGCCGCCGCCGCCGUGGAAGCGGGCUCGCCUUGGUCCAGCAGCGCUGUGGGCAUGGCCGGCAGCCCUCAGCAGCCGCCGCCGCCGCCGCCGCCGCCACCCCCGCAGGGCCCCGACGUGAAAGGAGGCGCCGGGAGAGACGACCUGCACUCAGGCACAGCGCUGCACCACCGAGGGCCGCCCCACCUCGGCCCCCCACCGCCGCCGCCCCCCCACCAAGGCCACCCCGGCGGCUGGGGCGCCGCCGCCGCCGCCGCUGCCGCCGCCGCCGCCGCCGCUGCAGCCGCGCACCUCCCGUCCAUGGCCGGGGGCCAGCAGCCGCCACCGCAGUCUCUGCUCUACUCGCAGCCCGGGGGCUUCACGGUGAACGGGAUGCUAAGUGCCCCUCCAGGGCCCGGAGGGGGCGGUGGAGGAGGUGGCGGCGGUCAAAGCUUAGUGCACCCCGGGUUGGUGCGCGGAGACACACCAGAGCUGAGCGAGCACCACCAUCAUCACCACCACCAUCCUCAUCCGCCGCAUCCGUCGCACCCACACCACCCGCAGGGACCCCCUCACCACGGAGGGGGAGGCGGCGGCGGCGGAGGCCCGGGACUGAAUAGCCACGACCCUCACUCUGACGAAGACACGCCGACCUCCGACGACCUGGAGCAGUUCGCCAAGCAGUUCAAACAGCGACGGAUCAAACUGGGAUUCACGCAGGCAGAUGUGGGGCUGGCCUUGGGCACUCUCUACGGGAACGUGUUCUCGCAGACCACCAUCUGCCGCUUCGAGGCCCUUCAGCUGAGCUUCAAAAAUAUGUGCAAGCUGAAACCGCUACUGAACAAGUGGCUGGAGGAGGCCGACUCGUCCACCGGCAGCCCCACCAGCAUCGACAAAAUCGCAGCCCAGGGCAGAAAGAGGAAGAAGCGGACCUCCAUCGAGGUGAGCGUCAAAGGAGCCCUGGAGAGCCACUUUCUCAAGUGCCCCAAGCCUUCGGCUCAGGAAAUCACCAAUCUGGCCGACAGCCUGCAGCUGGAAAAGGAAGUGGUGAGAGUCUGGUUUUGUAACCGGCGGCAGAAAGAGAAGCGAAUGACACCCCCAGGGAUCCAGCAGCAGACGCCCGACGAUGUCUACUCGCAGGUCGGCAACGUGAACGCGGACACGCCGCCCCCACAUCACGGACUGCAGACUAGCGUGCAGUGAAGAUGGAGAGAAAUGAGAGAGGGAGAGAAAGAGAGGGGAGGCACCAACCACUGCAGCCGCAGCCGUCGCCUCCGCAGCUGCCGCCAGCCACCGCCAGCCGCCACCACCAUCGCCAGCAACCGCUGCCGCCGCCGCCGCCACAACAAAAUCAGCAGCAACAACAGCGAGAGGAGAAAACAUCCAUUCCCCUCUCGUCCCCCACCUCCUCUGCCCCCCCAUACCUACAUACGUGCACACAUUUUUGUAAAAAGGAAAGAAAAAUAGACUAGAGUCCGGAGGAGAAAAGCACCAAAAUAAAAGAAAAUGGGGGCAAAGAAAACAAGAAGCUUAAUAAAAAUCCAGACUGUUCAGACUGAUAUGUGUGUGUGUAUGUAUAUACAUACACACACACAUAUACAUAUAUAAAUAAUGGAAAAAAUAUUUGAAGAAAAGGGGGGAACGAUCAAAGCGAACGCGUUUAUAUACUGUGGUGGUUUUUCUUUUUUUUUUUUUAAUGGGGGGGGGGGGUGCAUACUGCGCCAGAACUACAGAUGUGGGGUUUCCCCCUAAAUUAUCUCCUGUUGAAGCGGUGGACAGGACAGCGCCCACCUCGAUACUUCUCUCCUCUCCUCUUUAAAAAAAAAAAAAAAAAAAAAAAAAAAGCCUUCUUCCCUACUUUACCGUACACGGAAACUUUUUCUUUCCUGGGAAUAGUUCAGAAAGGAAGAGAAAUAAAGGCAUCUGAUUUGAUCAGAGGGUGCCUACCUGCGUUCCAGGACCGUUGGCUUUUUUUUUUCUUGCCAUAUUCACAUAAUUUGGGGACAAGCAGACAUCUACUCUGAAAUGAAAUGUAUCAAUUCACUUCAGAAAAGGAAAUAUGCACACAGCACUAAAAUAAGCAGACUGAAUAACUGAAAUUUAAAAAAAGAAAGAAAAUACCCUUAAAGUUGACCCCCAAAAGAAAAGGGUGGGGGGAGGGGGAAAGGGACAAACACCGGAGGAGGGUGGGGAGAGGAGAGACUCCCAGUACGUGAAAGUUCGAGGUUUUUGGAGGACUUUGCAUGAAUCAAGGGCAACAACAAGAGAGAAAUGGGGAAUAAGUCAAGCCUGACAUAGUUGUGGUUUUGACGGCUGCCACUCAACGUGGAAGAUUCAAAAAAGAAAAAAUCCACCGCCAAUAUUUUUUUUAUUAAUAUUUUUAUUUUUUAUUUCUGGACUGAUUCAGAUAAAGGGAUUUAGAAAGACUGAGUAUCUGCAGCUGCACUUAUCUGAACUUCUCCUCUCCUAAAUCCGUUGCCAACUUUGAUUGAAUGGGUGCUGUGGAUGUGAUUAUAUAAUACUGCCAUUUCCAAGCAGUGUUUUUGGUAGGUUUUAAUAAACAGACUUUUCAAAAGACGGCAAUAUAGAAUUGUUAGAUCCGUUGUUGAUCUAAAAAUAUUUGCUUUAUAUUUUCAUUAAAUGACUUCUUUUAAUAUUUUAUUCAGAAUACCUAUGAACUGCUGCAAAACGGUAAUUUAUUUUUCCCCAGAUCUUGUAUUACGUGUUUUUUUCAGACGAGCACAAAUCAAAAAUGAAAUGAAAAUAUGGACAGUUGUUAGGUAAUAAGGGUAUCUUUUGAUGUGAUAAUUUGAUUGUAAUUUAAUUUGAGUAGUGAUUCCGUAAGAGCUGAUUGAGAAAAUAAAUUUGUUAGAAUGAAA